AGCUCAGUCUCGCGCCUGCGCCGCGCAGGCCGACGUGCUUCCGGAAGUGCGGCGCGCAGGGGGGGCGGGACCAGCCGCGUCCUUGCGCGGCGCCGCGGGCCGGACCCGGAAGUCGUGGAGAUGUCGCUGGAGGACCCUGUUACCACCUGCCUUUCUGCCCCGGUGUACCAUCUGAUCUGUGAACUCGGGCUUGAAGUCCAAGAGUAUCCUGCUAUCAGUAGCAUUGUGGCUGGGAACGGGGACGUGUGCUGGAAGACGAUCACAGACUGUGUGAUUGGUGCCGAGUCAGGCCAAGGUCUGGAUUACCAGGGAAGCGUGAGGCUGCUGGGCCCUGUGUGUGAGGCUGUCCACAUGCAUUUCUCGUCUCUCACCAAGGGGCAGUUUGAAGUUCAGUAUGUACCGUGGCUCCAGUGGACAAGUUCUCCAGAGUUGUUUCCGGAAAUAUUUGAUGCCUUGGAGAGUCGUGAGUCCCCUGCUGCUGCUCUCAGCCUCAUGAAGCUGACGGCCUGUCUGGAACGGGCCCUGGGUGAUGUGUUUUUACUGGUGGGGAAGGAAUGCCCGUUUCUUUUAAGAGACCUGCUUGCCUCUGCGGAGCUGGCUCAAGUCUUCGGGCGGCCUGUGAUGGACGUCCUGACGGUCUUUGUGGGCUCACCACGCGGACUCAAUCUGCGCAACGUCCUGUGGCACGGGUUCGCGUCCCCGCAGGAAGUUCCUCCAAAGUACUGUUCGAUGCUGGUGCUGCUGACCGCGGGGCUGGGCCAGCUGCUGGAGGCUCACCUGCAGCAGACGGAGCGCACGGUGGCCCGUCGGCCGCUCCUCACGCUCGCGGACUCAGAGGACUGGACCGUCUUCCCCGCUGCUACUGACGAGGUACUUUGGGCGUUGGAGGAAGUGAUGAAGAAAUCCUCUUUGGUCCUGAGGAUCAUGUUGCCGUAUUGGGAAGUCGCGUUGACCAAGUUCAAGACACACAGGUUCGCCGACUGCGCCAUGCUGCUGUUGAUGCAGCUGGAGACGGGGCUGCGGGGCCUGUUCGCCAAGGUUAACGGGUGUCCCAGGAGACUCCUGACGGCCGAGUCGGCAGCUCUGUACACCACCUUUGAUGAAAUGUUGGCACAACACCUGAGUGAUGGUGAGAUCAACCGGCUUCCUCUUGUCCUCGGGGAGCCUGCGAUGGAAUUCCUCUGGGACUUCCUGAACCACCAGGAAGGGCCUCGAGUCAGAGAUCGCCUAAGCCACGGGGAAGUCAGCCUCCCGGCGUUUCCCAAAGGACUGGCCGACCAGCUGCUCGCCUUCUCCCUGGUGCUGCUGCUGAGAUUCGCUGAUGAAGACCUCGCCUCGGAGUUUAAGGAAAAAGCAGCGGUUCAGGCGCUGGUCAGGCUGGCGGAAGGCUACAGUGCUCGCUUCCACCCGGUCGCGCUGAUUAAAAAGCAGGUGCUGAGCUGUGAGGAGAGCGUCCGGUCGUGGCCUCUGCUGCCUUUGCCGGAGGACGCUGCCAGGGAAGCGGCCAGAUUAGGUGGCAGUUCUGAAGCCAGUGCCUGCGAGCCUUUGAUUAUAAAGAUCAUGUCUGAGCUGAGCAGCCACGUGCCUGGGCACCACUGUGCUUUCGGGGGCUUAGAUCGCCUUCCUGUUGAGAGGUGGCCCCGGCCGCUCCCAUACAUCUGCAGCCUCCGCGUGCCAACCCUGUUCUGCCCCCGAGCCGUCCUGGAGGUGCUGACUGUGCUCCGAAGCAUCAGCUCACGCUGCGCCCAGGUGUCCCAGCAGGUGGCGGCCUCCCUGGAGCGCAGGGGCCAGCAGUGGGCGGAGAAGACACUGCGCUCCCGGCAGAGGCAGAAUUUCCUGCGCAUGGUGAGCAGUGUGAAGCUGCUGGCCCCGGUGCUGUCCCUGGUUGUGCUGCUGGUGGCGCUGGAACUGGUCAGCGUUCACGGAGUCCGCGGCGAGAAGCCCUGCGGCCGCCAGCGGUACCUCAGGUUCUUAAAGUCCGUCCUGCAGUUCACCGAGAACCUGGCGGCCUGCACCAGCCCCGCCAGGAACCAGUGGGGCGAGGCGGCCCGGCUCACGCACACGGCACUGCUGGGCAUCUGGGCUUUCAGUGAGAGGAGACAGAUGCUCGUCCACCGAGCCGGGAGAUCCCGCUGAGGCCGCCCGAAACCACGUCGGCAGCUCAGUCACACCAGGAGCCCCCGGAUGGAUGUCACAGCCUGCAAACGGUCCGGGGGAGGCGGUUCCAGGGACACGCUCCCCGUGGUGGUGCCGUGUCCUUGGUCAGCACACCAUCGAGCGUGCGGUCCCCGUGGUGGUGCCGUGUCCUCGGUCAGCACGCCAUGGAGCGUGCGGUCCCCGUGGUGGUGCCAUGUCCUCGGUCAGCACGCCAUGGAGCGUGCGGUCCCUGUGGUGGUGCCGUGUCCUCGGUCAGCAUGCCAUGGAGCGUGCGGUCCCCGUGGUGGUGCCGUGUCCUCGGUCAGCGCACAAUCGAGCAUGAGCUCCCCGUGGUGGUGCUGUGUCCUCGGUCAGCAUGCCAUGGAGCGUGCGGUCCCCGUGGUGGUGCCGUGUCCUCCUUGGUCAGCGCGCCAUCGAGCAUGAGCUCCCCGUGGUGGUGCCAUGUCCUCGGUCAGCACGCCAUGGAGCGUGCGGUCCCCGUGGUGGUGCCGUGUCCUUGGGCAGCACCACUGAGCACAUGUGGGUGAACUGGCUCCCUCGCUGGCGAGGUGACGCUCACUUAGUGUUUCUGAUAAAGUGGCGGCACCCGAUCUCUUCACCAUGAAGACGCGACUGUGACUGGCAGCUGCUCGGGAAGCUGUGUGAGCCCUUGGCCGUUCUCCCCGAGCCUGUCCUCCAUGUGGGCCGGGGUAUAAAGUGGUAGCGUGCUG